UCCUGCUAGGAGGGUGGAACCUGCAGCAUCGCUUUUAUAAAGUAAAGGCAGUGCUAGUAGGAUUCAGUUAGCUUAACUUAAGAGUUAUGUCUGCUUCUCACCGUCCUUGACUAUUGCAUUUACUCAGAGAAGAGAAAAUAGUAACAGAAAGUCAAGAUUUUGAAAACAUGACCAUGGAGGGAGAAGAAUUAUAUGGUACUUUUGAAAAUUACAGCUACAUUGAAUUUAUCCCAGGAGACAAUGAGACCUCCCCCUGCUCUUCUUCCAGGGAUGACUUCAACAAGAUCCUGCUGGUCACCAUCUACUCCCUUGUAUUCAUUUUGAGUACCUUCGGGAAUUUCCUUGUGGUGCUUGUGAUUAGCUACAUGCAACGGCAAAAAUCUUCCACUGAUAUCUACCUGUUGAACUUGGCUAUUGCAGACCUCCUGUUUGCUCUCACCCUUCCUUUCUGGGCAGUCUUCAGCAACUCAGAGUGGAUAUUCGGUGACUAUAUGUGCAAAAUUGUAUCUGUUAUGCAGGAGGUGAACUUCUACAGUGGGAUCCUAUUGCUGGCUUGCAUCAGCGUUGACCGUUACUUAGCCAUCGUGCACGCUACACACGCGGUCACACAGAAACGUCACCUGGUGGGUUUUGUGUGCAUCGGAGUGUGGCUGGUGGCAGCUUUACUCUCCCUGCCGAUCUUGAUCUCUCGUAAGGCUUUCAGGUCACAUAACAUUAUGGUCUGUUAUGAGGACAUGGGAGCAAAGGAUAAUAACGUAUGGCGGAUAAGUAUCCGCUUCAUCCGGCACUUAGUAGGUUUCUUCAUCCCUCUGGUCAUCAUGCUCUUCUGCUAUGGCUUCACCAUCAACACCCUCUUCCAGACCAGGAGUGGGCAGAAGCACAAGGCCAUGCGGGUGAUCUUCGCCGUGGUAUUGGCAUUCAUUGUCUGCUGGUUCCCCUACAACUUGACCAUCUUUGCCGAUACCCUGAUGAGGGUGAAGGUCAUCAGCGAGACGUGUAAGGUGCGGCUUCACAUAGACACCGCCCUGGGAGUCACUCGGAUCCUGGCUUUCUUGCACUGCUGCAUCAACCCGAUCUUGUACGCCUUCAUCGGGCAGAAGUUCAGGAACACGUUCUUCAGGGUUCUUGUCCAAAAGGGGUUCAUCAAGAAGAAUUUCUUGUCAACUUAUGGAAUGGGCUCCUCUUACAAGUCUUCUUCAGGGAACACUUCCACCACGUUAUAGGACACUGGGGUAGGGAGCAGGGACUCUCCUCCAUCUGACUGCUUAUGAACUGUAACUCAUUAAUGUAUUUCUUUUCAAAAGCAGUUUUUAAAUUGCAAUUGACUUAAAUUUGAAAAUGGUGAUUGUAUGUAUUGUUUGUUUUCACAUCUUGGUUCAGCUCUCACUAAUUAUGUAAUUAAUGUGCACUUGUUUUUGUUAUGUAUUUGUCCUUUUGAAUUUUUUUUUGUUUGGUUUAAUUGCCCACUGUUGAUGGUGGAGAGUUAUUACAUUUGAUCAGAGAUUUGUUUUUUUUGCACUGGGGAUUUAAUAGGUGAAAUUAGUUAUACAUGCAUUUCAGCUGCUUUCCAUCUAGACCUAUUGUGGUUAAUUACCUGCCCUAUAAAUCCAGACAUUCUACACUAGAGCAGACAGGCUGGAACGAGGAACAAGACUCGAACUAGACAGAAGCUGCAGUGGGACGGGAAGCUGGAGACCGACCGAAGGAAAGAACUGGGAAGCAAGGUGCAGCAGGACUUGGGCCGAGACACUGAGAGAAAACAAGAAACAGAUUGAGGUGAUUUAAAGCAAAGUUACUGCUGGGAUGUGAGUUAAAUCAAGACUUUGUUAUUAAAGUCUCUACCGGCACCCAGGACCAAGGACCACUGGGAAGUUAGAGAGACGAGUGGCUGGGUGUGAAAAUCUCUGGUCCCGGAGGACGAAGAUGAUUGGUAGCCACUUUCCAGGCUAAGGAUUAAUGUCUCCCGUUCUUGUGUGCUCAGGGCUGGGCUCGGUAACCAUUGAUUAGGACUGCGAGUUUCCUUGCUAUAGUACCCGCCUAUAUUGGGCUCUGUGAGUGGCAGGCUUGCCCUGUCGUCAUUGUAUUUUGUAUAUUGAUCUUUAUUUUUAAGACUGUGUUUUAUAGGAUUUUAUAUUAAUAGUCAUAAAAAGCUAAAAGUUGUUACUGCCGCUAAGGGUGCUGUUUUGUUAGUUUAAGUAUUAGUAAAGAUACUGUGUUAUUAAUGCUCACAUUUAACAAUUGAUUAUCGAUUCUGAAUCAUUGCAUUUGCAUGUUAGUCUCACAAAAAUGUAUUACUAUUGAAUAUACUUUUCUAUAUGGGAAUAAUCCAGCAUCGCUUAUAUUUAAUUGUUGAAUGUUUAUUUUGAAUUAUGUCUGCCAAAUGAUUUGAAGUAUUGUGUGUAUGUGUAAUAAAAUAUUAGACUUA